AUGGAUUACGAUGCUAUGAAGGUAGAUUUUAAUGUAAUUUUUUAGUAAUUUGAAGUUAUUUUCUGAACUUUAUGUUAGAAAAGGUAACAAGAACAUAUAUAAUGUCAUAUAUAGUAUCAUAUUGUUUUAGAUAAACUAUCAGAUGAAGGUGGAUAUGAAGAAAGAGAUUGUGAAGAAAGUUCAGAGUUUUGUGCAAAGCUGAUAAAUGAUAACACAGAGCAAACUCCAGAGAUAUAUAGGUACGAAACCCAUCUUAACAACAGUCUACGGUCAAGGCUAUGACUAAGGCAAAGCUAGGACUAAGCCGAGAGUUAGGGCUUGUGUUAAGGACUUGCAUGUCAAAGCCAAACAAAUAUAAAAAAAAAUUAAAAAAUUUCAGAGCAUGUGCACCGCCAAAAAUGUGUUCAGAAGAAGGUCACUUCACCUUGGUUUAUCAUACAGGGUUGCAUUUUCAUUGUUGUAGAGGGGACAACUGUAAUGAUGCAAGUUCGACUAGCAUUGGAAUUUCUCUACUCUCUGUGUUUUACAGUUUGUAUUUACUUUUGUAA